CUCAAACAUUCCUAAUGCAAGUCUGACAUCUUGACCAGACAAACAUGAAUGCCAUUAAUCCUUCUCUGCUCACUAUCGAACGACAGUUUUGGCAGAAUGUGCCCAUGCGAUCGUUUCAAUGGGGGGAUUCCAUGCAUGCGCUGCAAGAUCCAAAUGUACAAGAUCAGCUUCUGCUCCAACUGAAUCUACUGUCAAUGCCAACUAAUCAUAUUACUUGCAAGACCAACUCGUCUCAACUACAGCUCCGAGUAUCAAAGCAGUAUAUGACGAGGUUUUUAAAAGGCUUGACCAAGACACUUGAAGCAGCCAAUAUCAAGUUAUCUGAGCAACUUUAUGUGACCUUGGCAAACACUAUUGGUGCGAUCGAUGAGCCAGAAACCAUCUGCCAUCGAUACUACUUUCUUCCACAACCCUUUCUGGACAAGGAGAAUCCCAUCAACCUCUAUCACUAUCAGAAAAUUGCACUGGUUGAAGAGAUUGCAGAUAUUUCUCAAGGAACGACUGGACUGCGAACUUGGCAGGCUGGAUUACGAAUGAUCGAGUAUAUGGCAUUGGAUGAACCGGAUCUGGUAGUUGGACGCAGAGUUCUUGAGCUUGGAUCAGGGAUUGGACUACUUGGACUUGCCAUAAGCCUUAUGGGAGCCAAAUCUGUAUGCAUGACUGAUGUAGCAGAUUCUGUCCUUGAUCGUCUGUCCGUCAACAUUGCUCUCAACACACUGCCAUCCGAGUCCAGUAUUCAAACUAUGAAACUCGAUUGGGAAUGGACUGAUGCACAAACAUUGGAUGCAAUCAAUCAGAUCCAUGCAGGGUUUGAUGUCAUUGUCGGUGCAGAUAUCGUAUACUCUCCAUUACUAAUUGAUCCACUGGUCAAUACAAUUACUAAUCUGCUCAAGGCAUCAAAUUUGCCUGCCAUGGCCGAGUGUUGGAUCUCAUCUACUAAACGACAUGAAGCUACUCAGCAAUUGUUUCAGGAUCGUUUGAAUGCAUCCGGACUAGUAGUUACUUCAAUCCCACUAAAACCUGCACAUUGGUUCCAUUACGAUGAAAAUGCCAACUCUGUCCAGAUCUUACAUAUCAAACUCGAAUAAAUGUUUUAAUAGUCUAC